UCUUUUUAAUAGAAUGAGAGAGCGUAUUCCUUCUGCGGAACAAUAGAAUACAUGGCUCCAGAUAUUGUAAAAGGAGGAGAUACUGGCCAUGAUAAGGCUGUUGAUUGGUGGAGUGUUGGUGUUCUCAUGUAUGAAUUAUUAACUGGAGCGUCACCAUUUACAGUUGAUGGAGAGAAAAAUUCCCAAGCAGAGAUUUCUAGGAGAAUAUUAAAAAGUGAGCCACCUUAUCCACAAGAAAUGAGUGCACUAUCUAAAGAUAUAAUUCAGCGUCUUUUGAUGAAAGAUCCCAAGAAAAGGCUAGGUUGUGGUCCAACUGAUGCUGAUGAAAUCAAACAACAUCCUUUUUUCCAGAAUAUAAACUGGGAUGAUUUAGCUGCCAAAAAAGUAUCAGCUCCAUUUAAACCAGUAAUAAGAGAUGAGUUGGACGUUAGUAACUUUGCAGAAGAGUUUACAGAAAUGGAUCCAACAUAUUCUCCUGCAGCUACCCCUCAGACUUCAGAAAGAGUAUUUCAGGGAUAUUCUUUCGUUGCACCUUCUAUUUUGUUUAAACGCAAUGCAGCUACAGUAGAUCCAAUUCAGUUUCAUGUGGGGGAUGAACGGCCUGGAAUUGCAACCAUUGCCAGAAGUGCUAUGAUGAAGGACUCUCCAUUUUAUCAUCAUUAUGAACUGGAUCUGAAAGAGAAACCAUUGGGAGAAGGAAGUUUUUCCAUUUGUCGAAAGUGCUUACACAAGAAAACUAGCCAAGAGUAUGCAGUAAAAAUAAUUAGCAAAAGAAUGGAAGCCAACACCCAGAGAGAAAUAACAGCCCUGAAACUCUGCGAAGCACACCCCAAUGUAGUGAAGUUGCAUGAAGUUUAUCACGAUCAGCUUCACACGUUUCUAGUGAUGGAAUUGCUUAAGGGAGGAGAAUUGCUUGAACGUAUUCAGAAGAAGAAACACUUCAGUGAGACAGAAGCCAGUCAUAUUAUGCGCAGACUUGUUUCAGCUGUGAGCCAUAUGCAUGAUGUAGGAGUAGUCCAUAGAGAUCUGAAGCCGGAGAAUUUAUUGUUUACAGAUGAAACUGAUAAUUCAGAAAUAAAGAUAAUUGAUUUUGGCUUUGCUCGUUUAAAACCACCUGAUAAUCAGCCCCUUAAGACUCCAUGUUUUACUCUUCAUUAUGCUGCCCCAGAACUCCUGAAUCACAAUGGUUAUGAUGAAUCCUGUGACCUCUGGAGUUUGGGGGUCAUUUUGUAUACAAUGCUAUCAGGACAGGUACCAUUUCAGUCUCAAGACAAAAGUUUGACAUGCACCAGUGCGUUGGAAAUUAUGAAGAAAAUAAAAAAGGGAGAAUUUUCUUUUGAAGGGGAAGCUUGGAAAAAUGUUUCUGAAGAGGCCAAAGAGUUGAUUCAAGGACUUCUGACAGUGGAUCCAAACAAAAGAAUUAAAAUGUCCAGCUUGAGAUACAAUGAAUGGCUCCAGGAUGGCAGCCAGCUGUCCUCCAACCCUUUAAUGACUCCUGAUAACUUGGGCUCCUCCGGAGGUGCAGUGCAUACAUAUGUCAAAGCUACCUUUCAUGCCUUUAACAAGUACAAAAGAGAAGGAUUUUGUCUCCAGAAUGUUGACAAGGCACCUCUCGCAAAGAGAAGGAAAAUGAAAAAAACAAGUACAAGCACAGAGACACGUAGCAGCUCCAGUGAAAGUUCACAUUCUUCUUCCUCCCAUUCUCAUGGUAAAACUACACCUACAAAGACGCUGCAGCCAGCAAACCCCACAGACAGCAAUAACCCAGAAACCAUCUUCCAAUUUUCUGACUGAAAAGCAGAGAAUAUCAUGUCUUGAGGACUUAAGUGUUUAUAAACUUGGUAGUAGCUAUAUUGUCCUCUCCCUCCCUCGCUUCCUGGGGCUUACAGGCCACGGGAAUGUCUGUUGCUUUAAAAAUGUAUUUCAGUCAUACUUUUUAGCUUUGUAUUUCAAUACUUUUGUUUUUAGCAUUAGAUUUGGUAUCCCUGGAUAUGGUAUAAUACUAUUAUACAACCAGCAUUGUACUCUCUUAGGGCUCAAUUACUAGUGCGCAGUCAAGCUCCAAGUAAGGAGCUUUGCUGCUCAUGGUACAGCUUAGUGGAAGAUUGUUUCUCAAUGUCAAAAUCUUCCUCCCAGUUUCUUCCCCACUGCUCAAAGAAAGGAAUGCUCUGGUAAAACGUAUCAAUAUUUUGGGUCUUGUCCUUUUGUCUGGCUGUCAGAAAAAUGUCAUAGAAUUUGAUUCUUCAUGCAAGAAAUCAAAUAGAGUUUCAAUAUAGUUCUUUAAGACCUUUUAGAUUUGUGAUUACAUUUCAUCGCAUGUAUUUGAAAUCUAAGAACAAAAUGAAGCGUUCAGAACUCCUCUUGUGUUAUAUUUAAAAGUUACUCCACAUAUCUUGCUUUCAACAACUGGGAAUAUAAAUCUUGGAUACUUCUUUUUAUUUAUUUUUAAGCAUCUAGAAUAAUAGAUGUCUAAUAGGUGAAGUGACCAGUACUGUGAUGCAAUAUUUUUAUUUCUACUUUUUGAAGUUACUGACUUUUAAAAUGUUUUACAGAUUCUAAAACCUAAUGAUAUAUAACAGAGAAAGUGAAAUUUCAUAUUGAGUGCUUUGGAAAAUGGUCACAUGUUAAAAAUAUAUUUCAAGAGUUAAUUUAUAUUUUCUUUUUAUAUUUACACAAUUUUAGAAUACUGAGAUUUUUUUAAGGUUGCAAAAACUCCAGUUUCAAUAUUUGUUAUUAUAGGGUCCAUGCAAAAUGUAUACCAAGUUAUUUGAAUUUUGCGUUGUGCAAAUAUGGCAGUUGAUUUAAUAGUUACUGUAAAGUAUUAGGAUAUAUUUUUUUGUUUUGCACUUUAUAACAUCGAAAUGAGAUGUUUUAUAAUAAAGUGCACACAGAUCUUCUUUCCUACAAGGUGCUGAGCGCUGCUUUGCUGCCUGGAAUCACCUGGAGUCCACCGUGAUGGUGGCUAUGGCCAUUGCGAAGGAGAACUGUGUACUUUGCAGGAGUCAAUCCCCCUGUAUAUUAUCCAGUGUUUUCAUUCCUUACUUUAAAUUGCAAAGCUCUUUAUAUCUUGCUUUUACAUUGUAUGUAACAAAUACUAGACCUGGGCACCUUGUGUAGUGUAGUUAUUAACAACUCAUGCACUGGGAAUACUAAAGGGAAAUUAUAUUGAACACUGUGCUUCACAACUCGCUCACUGCGCUGUUCUGCAGUGACGUAUUUCCUACUGUGAUAGUAUAGUAUGUACAGAACUGUUUAGAAUCAUAAAUGUGACAAGCAUUAUCAGCGAUAAGCUGAUAAAAAUUGAAUUGAUCAGCAUAUUUUGUAAAUUUCUAGAGAGCACUUUUAUUGCUCCUGCUCUCGAUGGCUAGGCUCCUGUUUUGCAAAUACUUAUGCAUGUGAGUCUUUCCACUGGAAUCAGGGAGACUCAUUGUGAAAAGUUAGGCAUAUGCAUAAAUUUGUGUGAUGGAAGAUGAAUUGAAUAGGAUAUUUUGUUAAUAGCUUACUGUAUUUUAAAGUAAACUUAAUCCAAACCCUAUGCAAAAAAAAAGUUAUAGGAAUUGUUUAUAUUAGUGGUUUUAUUUAUAGAAUUACAUCAGAUAUCAGUAUUGAUAAAUACAACACAUCCAUGUUUACAGGGAUUGUGUGUAUCAAAAUAAGGCUUUGAAGCCUAACAUGUUUGUUCUAUGUUUCUUUAAUAUUAAUAAUGGCAUUCUGCGGUUUGGGAAUUGCUCAUGUGAAUUACUUUACUACUUUCUUGAUGUGAAUGUCAACAGUAAUUGCAGCAUUAAUUUCAGGUUGAUGUGAAUAUUGAGAUUUGCACUGUUUAUGUAGAAGUAGUAUAUUUAAAGAUCAGUAUAUGUGCUAAUAACACAAACAGUUUUAAGUGGCCGGUGUUAAAAAUAUUGAAAAAUAAUUGUCAAUGUAAUAUAUGCAGGUUUGCUUUCUGAAUGCUUUCUUUGGAAGUAAUCUCAAUAGUGAACAUGGCUCAUUUGUAAAGAAAUACCUUCCGUCUCCCCAAUAAACUUGCUGUAAAUACAGAAAAAUUCCACAAUUAGUACUUGU